UAUAUGGGUGAAAGGCACUAGCGUAAUGUGGCCUAAAGGAAUUAAUGUCCUGAAGGCCAUGAAAGAAAUGAGGGAACCUGAUGACAGUUGGAUAAAGUUUGACCUUGUCAAACUAAAGUUCUCAUCAGCAAAGAAAAGGGAAUGUGAGGAGUAUAAUCUAACGACAACUGCAGAGUUUUCUUCUAGUGAGGAAGAUGAACCAGCUAGGCGUCAAAGGAAAAAGAAGAAAUAUGAUGACUUUGUGACAGGAUCAGGCAUCGAACAGACAAGCAGAAGUACACAUGAAGAAAGUCAAACUCAGAAGAAAACCCAUAACUCAGGUUCACGAGGACUUGGUCUUUCAAGACCACCACAACAACCACCCAAGAAAAGAUUUACUUCUGAGUUGUCAGCAGAUGUUGAUAGUGGUAAAUCAUCUAAAGAUUCUAGAGCCUCUUCUGCUGAACCAAUGAGGCAGAAGAAAACCACUGUGACCAGUCUUCCAACAUUACGGCGAUCUCCAAGGAAGCAAGUGGAGCCAAGGAGGGUACAGCAGCCAAGCGAACCACACGAGUCUUUGUCACAGGCUGCUCGAAGGACAGCACCAAGCCAUCAAGAGAGCUCUCCCGAGAACUCGGAUAUGGAGGCAGAAACACACCUACCUCAAUUACAGAGGCAGAAGAAAACCACUGUGACCAGUCUUUCAACAUUACGGAGAUCUCCAAGGAAGCAAGUGGAGACAAGGAAGGUACAGCAGCCAAGCGAACCACACGGAUCUUUGUCACAGGCUGCUCGAAGGACAGCACCAAGCCAUCAAGAGAGCUCUCCUGAGAACUCGGAUAUGGAGGCAGAGACACACCUACCUCAAUUACAGAGUCCACCAACAUCCAGUAAAAGAACUGGUGGAUACCCCAUGUCAACUGAGAGAUUCCAGAGAAGAGUUAUUCAACUGUUGGUGGAGAUUCGCGACAAUGUGCGACAAGGGCAUGUGGGUGGAAGAUCGGUAGAGGACCUGGGCACGUUUGUCGUCAGAGAGUAUGAUACUCUUGAGGAUUUCCUCCUCUUUGAUGACUCUCUGAUGGAGACGGAACUACAGAGUAAAAUGAAAGCUCUAAUGAGGAAAGUUGGAGGGGCGACUGUUGGAGACCAUGUGAAAAACGCCAUGAAAAAAUGCCUGACAAAUGGUUUAAUGGCGAAAAUGAAUAUGCAAGGAAAAAAGGGAAAAUUUGCAUUUGUGUCAACAACUCUGUGCAAAUUGAUCAAAGAGAGCAUCCUUCAGAGCCACCAAGAUGCCACGGAGGCAAAGGUUUACGAGGAGAUGAGUCGGUUUUUAAAGUAUGCCCCAGGACGGAUAGGAGGAGGAGGAAGACCAAAAUAGUAAUGUUGCCAAACCAGAAAGAAAUUAAAAGGAUUUGAUGGGGGAGAGACUCUUCCAUGAACUUUAAUAUGGACUGUAUAAAUAUAAUAUUUCCAUAAAUAUUUAAAUUUUGUAUAUUUGUAGUAUUUUUAAAAUUAUGUUCCAUUAAUCAAUCUUCAAGGUCCAUGUACAUAUAAGUUUAUUUUACCUAUGUCU